AGGACUACACAGCUCCGAGUGCCGGGCAGAUGCAGUUCGCGGUGUCAGCGCUGCGCUGGGUCGACGUGCGGUGCCACAAGAAGCCGCUUUCGCGAGUUCUCCGCCGUUAAAAAAAAAAAAGUUGACGUUUUCGCAAGCAUGCAGUCAGAAUCGGGGAUCGUUCCCGACUUCGAUGAUGGAGACGACUUACAAGAGGAGCCCAAAACGUAUUACGAGCUCAAGAGUCAGCCCUUGAAAAGCAGCCCGUCGGAGCAGCGCGGCGCCUCCAAGCCUCCCCUGGGCUCCUCGGCCGCGACCUCGCGCGUCCUGCUGCGCCAACAGCUGAUGCGCGAGCAGCUCCAGGAGCAGGAGCGGCGGGAGCAGCGCAGGCAGCGGGACUCCCGGUACCCGCAGACCGCGGCCGCGCAGACCCCUGCCAUCAACGUCGCCGCCCCCGCGCCGGCCGCUGCGCAGGUGCCCAUGGAAGUGCUGAAGGUGCAGACUCAUCUGGAGAACCCGACCAAGUACCACAUCCAGCGCUCCCAGCAGCAGCAGGUCAAGCAGUACCUGGGAAAGCUCGGCUCACAUGUACUGAGCUUGCCCUGCCCCCAGCAGUCCUCUGACCACGGGGGCAUGCCGCCAGGGCCAGGCAACAGCGCCCCCAACAGCCCUAUGGCCUUACUGACCCUGAACUCGAACUGCGAGAAAGAGAUGGAUGAUGUCAUCGACGACAUUAUCAGUCUGGAGUCCAGUUAUAACGAUGACAUCCUGGGCCUGAUGGACCCGGGACUUCAAAUGGCCAACACGAUACCGGUGCCCACCAACCUCAUGGACAUGUACGGAAACCAGGGCAUGACUCAGCAAGGCCUGCCCGUCAGCAACUCCUGUCCUGCCAACCUGCCCAACAUCAAAAGGGAAUACUCGGCGUCACAGUCUCCGGCUGUAAUGCACAUGCUGGAUAAGUCCGGAUCAUGCGGCAAAUUUGACAACUAUCAGAGGCCCGAAGGGUUUCCCGUUGCAGCUGAGGUGCGAGCCCUAGCGAAGGAAAGACAGAAGAAGGACAACCACAACUUGAUUGAAAGAAGACGACGGUUUAACAUCAAUGAUCGAAUUAAGGAACUAGGAACUUUAAUUCCAAAGUCAAAUGACCCCUCAGCAGGGUUCGAUACUCCGGUCUUUUACAAGCAGGCAGAGGUCAACAUAAAUGAGUACACAGACCUCUUUGAAAAAGACAUGCGCUGGAACAAGGGCACCAUCCUCAAGGCGUCCGUGGACUACAUCAGGAAGCUACAGCGUGAACAGCAAAGGGCUAAAGAGCUGGAGAACUGUCAGAGGAAGCUUGAAAAUGCCAAUCGGCAUUUAAUGCUGCGGAUACAGGAGUUGGAGAUGCAGGCCCGAGCUCACGGCCUGGCCGUCACAUCCUCGGCGCUGUGCUCCACGGACCUCGGGGGCCGGAGGAUCAAACAGGAGCCCGCUCUCGAGGACUGCCACCAGGACCUUUACACGCUCCACCCCCGCUCGCACCACCAGCACCACCCGGCCUGUACCCCCGAGGCCCCCGGCGGCCCGGAGCGAAACGAGGGUCACCCCAAUUGCUCGGAGGGGCUCUACAGGGUUCACGGCAGGCCGGCCUCCAAACUCAACGACAUCCUCAUGGAAGACAACGUGUCGCCCGUGCGAGGGGGGGACCCUUUGCUCUCGUCCGUCUCCCCGGAUGCCUCAAAGGACAGCAGUCGUAAGAGCAGCGUAAGCAUGGAUGAAAAUGAGCAGUGCUGUUAGCGCCUCCUACUGGAAGACCCCCACCACCACAUGGCUGCACUCUGGGCUGCUGUUUUUUUGUUUUUGUUUCUGCGUUUACACAUUUUCAGUCUUUUGCUUUCUUUUUUUUUUUUGUUUUGUAUGAUAUUUGUUCCUUUUAAAGCCUUCAACCUUGAUUUCAAGGACUGAUUUUAAAGUGUCUUUGCAUUGAUCAAAACUUUGCUGACAAUGAGUUAAACUUUUAGUUUUAUAUGUAAACGAAAACAUUUACACUAUCUUAGGGUGGAUAAUAAAUGAUGUCUAUAUCUGGUGAUCUAAAGAAUCUGGGGAAAUGAUUAAUUCUGCUAACGUGCAGCAAAUGUUUUGGCUUUUCAAAUCACAAGCAAUUAAUAGAAGAAAUCUAUUUAUUACUGUAGUGCUUUACACACCUCUUUGAACUUGAACAUGCCAAUGCCUUAGAAUGACGUCACUGUUGUAUCUCUUUGCACAAGCUGUGGUUUUUAGUCGUCUUCCAAUGGAAACUUCUUUUGUGACAAAUUGAUCAGUUGUAGAAUGAAGCUAUUAUGCGUAACUACCCGUAAGUAAUGCUUUUAUGCAGUCACCGUCUGACGAAUUUUACUUUUGGCCUAGUUGCACGAUUGCCUUGAUCGUUUGUGAACGUUUUCUGAAAGAAAAAAAAAAAAAAGCACACACAAAACAACCCAAAACAUUCAACAACUAAGAAGAGUACUUCUUCUUCUUUUCCUUUCGGCUUGUCCCGUUAGGGGUCGCCACAGCAUGUCAUCUUUUUCCAUCUCAGCCCAUCUCGUGCAUCUUCCUCUCUAACAGCAACUGUCCUCAUGUCCUCCCUUACAACAUCCAUCAACCUUUUCUUUGGUCUUCCUCUCGCUCUCUCUUCCUUGACAGCUCCAUCCUCAGCACCCUUCCACCAAUAUCGCCUCUGGACAUGUCCAAACCAUCGAAGUCUGCUCUCUCGAACCUCGUCUCCAAAACAUCCAACUUUGGCUGUCCCUCUAAUGGGCUCAUUUCUAAUCCUAUCCAAGCUGCUCACUCCGAGCGAGAACCUCAACAUCUUCAUUUCUGCCACCUCCAGUUCUGCUUCCUGUUGUUUCUUCAGAGCCACUGGCGUCUCUAAUCUGUACAUCUUGGCCGGCCUUACCACUGUUUAAUAGACUUUGCCCUUCAUCCUAGCGAGGACUCUUCUGUCACACAGAACACCAGACACCUUUCGCCAACUUUUCACCCAGCUUGGAACCGUUUCUUCACUUCCUUACCACAUUCUCCAUUGGUCUGUAUUGUUGACCCCAAGUAUUUGAAGUCGUCCACCCUCGCUAUCUCUUCUCCCUGGACUUUCACUCU